AUGUCCACGUCCAACUAUGAUCCUCAUAAAAUAUAUGAAAUCGGUUUCAUAGGGGCUGGAAAUAUGGCUCAAGCCAUUGGACUUGCUUUUAUCAAGAAAGGUAUAUGUCAACCAGAAAACUUAAUUGUAUCGUCACCUUCAGAAAAUAAUAAAAAAGUAUGGCGAGAUAUUGGUGUUGCUGUAACAACUGAUAAUAAUGCUGUGUUUUGUAAUACUAAAAUAGUAUUUUUAGCAACGAAACCCCAAUAUUUCCCUAAGGUUGUAUCAGAAUUAUUUACAACAGUUUUUGGUUCCUUAAAUAUUUUAAUAUCAAUUAUGGUUGGAAUACCACUAAAUGUAUUACAAGAGUCAUUCAAGGUAAACCCUAGCGUUUUAUUCAAAGUUAUGCCAAAUACACCUAGUCUAAUCGGAGAAGGAUUUUCAGUAAUCUCUCAUCUAAGUGAUGCUAACUUGGAGGAAAUUUCUGUUACUUUGCCAAAAGUUAAAUUCUUAAUGAGUGCUGUAGGUGGUGCAGAAGUUAUACCAGAAUCAUUAAUGGAUGCAGCUGGAGCAAUUUCGGGUUCUGGUCCUGCUUAUGCAUUUCUUAUAAUUGAAGCAUUGGCCGAUGGUGGUGUAAAACAAGGCAUUCCGCGUGACUUAGCUGUACGUUUAGCAGCUAGUGCUAUAGCAGGAGGAAGUCGUAUGGUUUUAGAAACAGGAAAACAUACUGGCCAACUAAAGGAUAUGGUAACAUCUGCUGGUGGAUCAACAAUUGCAGCUUUACAUGCAUUAGAAAAAGGAGGUGUUAGAUCUGCCAUGAUGGAUGCAGUUGAAGCAGCUACUAAUAGAUCAAAGGAAAUGGGAGAAAAAAAAUAA